AUGAAACCUUUAUCUAAAGCAUUAGACGUUUUACAAGGAGAUAAGUCUGUAUGCUUGGGAUUUCUUCUCCCAACAAUUAAUGCUGUUCACAAAUCUUUAAACGGAUUAAACAAUAAUAUUGUCUUUUGCAAACCUCUUAUUCUUGCAUUGAAACGAGGGUUAAAUAAAAGGUUUAAUAAUUAUUUCAUGUCAAAAUCAUGUCAGGUAGCUGCUACUUUAGUUCCUAAAUUUAAACUAAAUUGGACAGCUAAUGAAAAUAGAGAUGAAAUAAAACAACAUCUUAUAGAAAUUGUAACUGACAAUACUACUAUAAAUAUAUCGAGUUCUCAAGAAUCAAAUCAAUCAUCCAUAUCUGCUACUGAACAGUUUGAAAAUAGUGAUUCAGAAGAUGAUUUUCUCAGCUUUAGAGAAAAUGAAAUUAUCAGUGAAAACAGUAGCACCGAAUUACUUAUUAAUAAUUAUUUGUCAAAUUCAAAUUUAACACAGCCUUGCGAUUUACCAUUAGCAUUAAAAGAAGCAUAUAUUAAAUACAAUACAGCAGUUCCAUCAUCGGCACAUGUUGAACGCCUAUUUAGUGCUGGAGGGCAACUAUAUGAUAAAAGAAGGGGAUCUAUGUGUGAUAAAAAUUUUGAGAUGUCUCUUCUACUGAAGUUCAAUAAGUAUUUUGAUGAUUAAUUAUGUAUCUAUAUCUAUCUAUUUUAAUUUCUAUUAACUAUUAAGUGUU